GCCCCUCCGCUUAAAACCGGACCGCCAGAACCUGCGGCUCACCUGGAGCAGAACAUGGACGGCAGCAGAGUGUCGGACUUCAGCAUCAAGCGCAUCCUUUCCCCGCAGCUGGGCCGCAGACCGCCGCAGCCGGAGCCGGAGCCGGACGGAGGCCAGCGGGGGGUCCCGGGCGGUACCGGGGACUGUGCUUCGGAGACGGGUUCUGUGCGUGCAGAGCCCCGCAGCACCACCAUCACCACCAUCAUCACCAUGCAGAGGUCAGCUUCUGCGCACAUUGGGCUCCAGCUCCUGAAGUUAUUAUUAACGUUAUUUAUAACGUUUAAAGUUAACUGUUCCAUGUUUGUUGCGUCUUUGUCCGCAGGCGGUUCUGAUGCGGCCCACAGCGGGUACCAGAAGGCCCGGAUGAGGACGGUGUUCACCGACAGCCAGAGCAGAGAGCUGGAGGCGCUGUUCCACAUCACCGACUACCCGGCCACGGAGGCCCGGGCCCAGCUGGCCCGGAACACCGGGCUGAGCGAGGAGACCGUCCGGGUUUGGUUUAAGAACCGCCGGGCCCGGAGGAAGAGGCAGCGCAGCGGGUCAAAGGUCAGAUCGCCGUGUCCGUCACCGAGCGCCGCCGCAGCGUCGUCAGAGAAGAAGACCUACAGCUCCUCCCCCUGAGGCCCAGCGCCGACCCACCUGCUGCUGCUCAGGGGCACUUCAGCAGGGCGGCUUCACCG